AUGGGUGGACAAUUGAUGCGGAUCCCAUACACGGCACCCUUGCCAGCACCAACCAUCAUCCCGUCGGCCGCAGCUUCCGUGUCUGGUGCAAUCGCCGCUCUGACCGAGUUUCUGACAUCAACGCCACAACAACAACACAAGUCCAAGGACAAGACAGUAUUGCUUACCGGAGCUGGCAUCUCUGUCGCAUCAGGCCUCGCCGACUAUAGAGGCACCAAAGGCACAUACACUCUCAACAAGACCUACCGACCAAUCUACUUCCACGAGUUCGUCGCCAACCAUGCGGCGCGGAAACGCUACUGGGCUCGCAGUUUCCUGGGAUGGACCAACCUGAACAAGUCGAAGCCGAAUCCUGCACAUAAAGCAGUGGCAGAUCUAGGACGUAUGGGCUAUCUGUCUAGCGUCAUCACUCAGAGUAAGCAUACGCUUUCGUCCUCAAGGCACGAGACAAGCACGACUGACAGAACCAAAUCACANGACGUCGACUCGUUCCACCCACAAGCGCACNNCCCUUCCCUCCGAACCCUUGAGCUCCACGGCUACCUCCGCAGCGCAGUCUGCACAACCUGCCGUACCGAAUACAACCGCCAACUCUUCCAAAACGACCUCGCCCAGCUCAAUCCUGCAUGGAGUUCUUUCCUAAACGAGAUGCUGGCCUCUGGCGCUCUGACUACCGAGAAUCCCGACGAAAGACGGCGACUGGGCUUGAAGACAAAUCCAGACGGUGACGUCGAUGUGCCCGGUGUGGAUUAUGCUACAUUCAGAUACCCUGCCUGCCCAAGUUGCUUAGCAAAACCGCCGAAAGACAAAGAUGGAAAGACACAUGUCGUCGAAGUCGAUGAAGAUGGUGCAUGGCUGGCUGAAAAGAGCACAGCAGGCAUACUCAAACCGAACGUCAUCAUGUUUGGAGAAAGCAUUCCGGAUGCAACAAAAGUAGCCGCCGAGAAAGCCAUCGACGAAGCUGCAAGAGUCUUGGUCCUAGGGUCUUCGCUGGCAACAUACUCGGCUUGGAGACUGAUCAAAAGAGCAAGGGAACAGCGCAUGCCAAUCGGCAUCGUCAACAUUGGCGGCGUCAGAGGAGAAGAGCAAUUCUUUGAACAUCUGUCGCCGAGUAAUACCGGAAAGGAUGGUUUGAGGUGUGCACACAUCCUUGAAGAGAUGUUGCCGAACCUGGUCAAGGAGUUGGGACAAAGAAAUACUGCAUCUCUCGCGGCUUCUGCUAUGUCUCGUCCUUUUGUCCCUGCUCCGUGGGCAUGA